AUGUCCCCGCCGAGGCGCCUCGCCGUGCUCUGCUCCCACCUCCGCCCCGACGGCGCGGAGCCUCCAGCCGAGAAUGAGCGGCCGGCCGGGCAGAAAACGGUGAUAUCCACCUCUCCGUGCGGAGACGACGGCCGCGGCGCGGCGGCCGGUCGCGUGGGGGAUCGGGAGGCGGAGAGCUGCGUCUUCUGCCGGAUCAUACGCGACGAGGCGCCGGCGUUCAAGGUGCGUCGGGCCCUUCCUCCGUCUUCCCAUUUGUUGGUUGCUGCCGCCACCGCGCUCGCGAGUCCUCUCUGCUGCACGGUCGCCUCAAAGAGGGAUUACAUGGCAGCUUCGUUCAGACCUUCGCUUAUCCAAAUCCUCUACGAAGAUGAUGUAUGCGUUUGCAUAUUGGAUUCUCACCCAUUGGCUCUUGGGCAUUCGUUGAUAAUUCCAAAAUGCCAUUUUUCAUCUAUGGAGGUCACUCCACCUCAUGUCAUAGCAGCAAUGUGUUCCAAAGUACCUUUUCUGAGCAAUGCAAUUAUGAAGGCUACUGACUGCGAUGCAUUCAACUUGGUCGUCAAUAAUGGAGAAGCUGCAGGACAAGUUAUUUUCCAUACCCACUUCCACAUAAUUCCUCGUAGAUCUGGUGACAAGUUGUGGCCUACAGAGAGCUUUAGGAGGAGCUCUAUUGAGCCAAAUGAAACCUCGAGUCUUAUUAGCUGCAUCAAGAAGCAACUUGAUUCUUCAGAAGACUGA